AUGAAGUUUACCAGCGUUGUCGUCGCCGCUCUUUUCAUUGGAGGCAGUCUGUCCGUUGACGUUCCGCAAUGCUCGAAACGAUGCUUUGAUGUUGCUGAAUCCAACCGAGGAUGCAAUGUUCCUGUCCAAUACAGCUGCCUCUGUGUCCCUUCGUUUAUCAGCAACGAUUUCUACCGCUGUAUCCACGAGCUGUGCAGCUCAAAGGAUCAGGAAUUGGCCCGCGGUGUCGUGAAUCGCCAGUGCGAUCGGGAUCGUACUACUCAUGAACGUCGAUCAGCGUCAGAUGACAAAGAAGGUACGGCAUUUUUGGGAACAAGAAAGCAUACCGGCCUGUUUGCUCUACACUCAGCACCACAAGGGGCUCCAACUAAGGCACAUUCUCCUCGCGCAGCAUCGACCCAUCCUCAUGCGGCCAAACGAGAUCCAACAUGGAAAAAGGUAGUUAUCGACGCUUUCGCUUUCACAACAUACUGCUUAAAUAUCAGUUUUAUUAUCGUUCUAGUCUUGUUGCUUAUCAGAAUGUGGAGGGUAGCUGUAAGACAGUCGGAUUCGGUUUUGCCGCAAGUCCAAACUACACCCCCGGUUGCGAACCCAAACCGAGAAUGCCAAUUCUACCAUAGAGCGAUACAUGCGUUUAGGAGGAAAAACCCAUCGUCCCAGUGGUGCGAAGGAAACCCGUUGAGUCCUUAA